AUGAGUGCUCUCCGCUGCAGUCGACUACUCGCAAGUCGCGCUUUUUCUAUCACUCAGCGGGCAACAUUCGCUACUCAACCAGUUGCAGACCCCAUUCAGCGGGCAUUCGUUGAAAAACUGCGUGAAUACCAAGGAAAGUCUAAAACCGCUGAAAUGGGCCUUGUUGAAGCUUCGCAAGCCCAAAUCAAAUCUCUUAAGGACAGUCUAGAAAAACUUGACAAAGUCUUCAAUGCCAAAGGUGUAGACAUGACUCAGUUUCCAGUGCUGCAACACAAGGAGCCAGAACUUGUUAAUCCGGGUUCCUCCGUUGUCGUUGAUUACCCGCCCGCUGAAAUUCUUCAAGAUGUUGAGGAGGUAGAACGACCGGAUUGCAUUCUAACGAAGGGGCCAAUCGUUUUUUAG